CUUCGUUUGAACGCGCACUGUUCGAACGACCCUCGGCCGCGACGCUGCUCGUCGUCUUUUGGAUUUUUGCGACCGCGCUCCUGCACAAAGGCCAUCUUGCCGCUUUAUGGUGGUUCCUCGAGGAUUCUAGAAUUUCCAAUAUUAGAAUUCAAGUUUCGAUCGAGGUGCGUCGAACUCACUCGUGAAAAUGGAGUCCUGUGGGAUGAGUGUUAUCAAGUAUCUACUCUUCAUCUUCAACUUGAUCUUUGCGUUAUCGGGAAUUGGAAUCAUAGUAGCUGGUGCUCUGGUUCUGGCGGAUGUUGGUGCUUUCAGUCACUUUUUGGAGAGCAGGGUAAUCGCUCCUCCGAUAGUCCUAAUCGUUGCAGGCUCCAUAGUCUUCCUCGUCGCCUUCCUCGGCUGCUAUGGAGCCAUUAAGGAGCACUACAACAUGCUCAUAGCCUUCGCCGUAGCUUUGCUCAUUAUCUUUGUGAUCGAGCUGGCGGUGGGAAUAGCGGCAGCCGUGUUCAAGAACGACUUCAGCAUGGUCAUGAAAGACUCCUUGAAGAUGUCCAUGAAGAAUUAUACCCAAGCCGACCAGAUGGCUUGGGAUAACGUGCAGACUAAACUGGAGUGUUGCGGCGUGGAGUCCUGGAAGGAUUGGAUCGAAGCAGGCGUGAUCGAUUCCCGACGUCUUCCUAACUCCUGUUGCAAGGACCUGCCCCAAGGACAAUGGUGCUCCGGCGCCAGUGUGAACGAAAAAGGAUGCUUCGAGAAAUUGGAAAUGCGUGUGCAGGACGGUGCGAAGGUUCUGAUAGGCGUCGGGAUUGGCAUAGCGUUUGUGGAGGUUGCCGGUAUCGUGCUCGCGUGUUGCGUGGCUGCGGCAAUAAAGCGGGAGGGUGAGAAGUGAGACGGGUCGGGCUAAAUUGCCUUACGUGGUCGAUUUAGAAGAGAGAAGCUCGACUUUUGCCGGAAGUGCUCCCGAUUGAUUUCAUGCGAGUUGUUCGCAGAGUCCUCCAUUGAUUUCUCGCGAAUCCCGGUUAGAAGUUCGCUCGUAACUUCUACGUGGUAGUUUAUUUCAUUUUUACCGACUAACAUCAUCGCUGGUGUAACACGCGAUGACGAAGCUACGUAUUUAUUUUCCAGUAUUAUCGCGGGUACACUUUUAUUUACCCCGCGUCGCGCGAGUCAUGUUUUUAACUCGUUCUUACUAAGUUUUACUCCGUUUACUAAGUUCUUCAACUGUUGUAUUUCCUUUUCGUGUUUUCUUUUUAUUUAUUUCACGAACUUCUCCGAUGUGGAGGUUUAAGGACCACAGUUCCCUGUUCGGAGGGUCGGUUAGGUUAAGAAUUAGCGUUUAAGCGAGAAACCGUCGACGAGUUCUCUCGUAAUGUGUGCACCUUCUUCAAGUGCACAUUUAAGUGCGCCGAGAGGACAAGAGGUGCAGGACGUGCAAAUACUCUUUGCAGUCCGUGCGCCUCCUGGGGCAAGAUAAGAUUGCUGGUCCGUCUCAAGCUUCGGACUGUCUUAUACAUAUUUGCCUUUGAUUUGGUAUUUUUGUUAUUUAAAUAUACUCAUCGUGCCUAACUGUCAUGUCCGCGAUUGCGGGAUCGAUCGUUUCCUGCGCGCGGUCCAUUUGUUCCACUUUGUAAGGGAUGUGUGUAAAGUUACCGAAUUAUUGCUAUAUCUACGCACAGAGGUAGAGUGAUAAGGAAGAGAAUUUGCGAGGAUCGGUCAAGUAAUUAAUAUUAUUGUAAAUACAUUAUUAUAUUCCUUAAUCGUAUAAAUUGCGCAAAGAGACUCGCCGACAUCUGCAAUUAAUUCGAGGAACACUGUAGUGCAAUUGAUACCUACACAAGCGAGAAAACAAUCCCGCAAAAUUUCUAAUGCCAUUUUACUCGACGCUGUCUCAUAUUUUGCGCACGGUAGAGCGCAUAGUAAUUAAAUCCUGUAUGCAAGAGUAAAGCAACCAUUUACCAGUGCGUGGAAUGUAUCACCAAACGAAAUAGAGUUAGGUUGCGACGAAGCGAUGUAUUAUUUCCGAAUAAAAAAGAAUAGAUAGCUUCGUGCGGAGUAUCCAUUGAAAUAAACAUUCGUUUGUCGCACUGAA